CUAAAAAAAGCUUGCAUAUUUAUGGCCCCUUCCAUGAAACAGAAGGUUUCAACUCAGUCCUCUGCCUGUCUUGCAUAAAUGGCUCGGUCUCUUUACAUGUGAAUAUGACAUGGCAAAAAAGAAGGUCUAGAUAGAGAGACUUGGAGGGAGAUCUUUGAGAAAAAGAAAAGAGAGAUGCUUUUUCUAAUUUACUCAGUGUAGACUGUAGAGUGCUCUUCAAAGACCAGCCUUUCCUGAAAUAUACAGUUGCCAAAUAAGUAACAGUUCGCUUUUUUUUGUUCCCUUGGUUAUUUCAGCUGUCACUUUCUUGAGAAAUGCAUCAAACUAGACUGCACCCAGAUCAAAAUCAAGUCUUGAUUAGCUGUUUUUGAAGCAUUUCUUAUGUGGGUUUUUGAGAUAAGAGCCCUUUCUUUUCUUAACCUCUAGUUUUGCUUUUUAUUUACUGUUAGCUCAGUUUCUGAUUCUUUUUCUGUUGUGUUAUUUUUAGCUGCAAAAUUUGGGAGCAAGUGUUUGUGAAAAGUCUUAGAGAGAGUUUUGGAGUAUCUUUAGUGUCAAAAUGAGAGAUUUCCCAUCUUGUUUUGGUGAAAAUGGGGUUCAAGUGGCUGAUUCUUCGUCUUCAAAUACUAGUAAAAAUGCACAGAAUUUGGUUACUUGUGUGUAUCAAUGUCGAAUUCGAGGCCGGUCUUGCUUGAUCACUAUUAUAUGGAGUAAGAAUUUGAUGGGUCAAGGUCUAAGUGUAGUGAUUGAUGAUUCUGCAAAUCAUUGUUUAUGUAAGGUUGAUAUUAAACCGUGGUUGUUCUCAAAAAGAAAAGGGUCCAAGAGUUUAGAGGCAUAUUCUUGUAAAAUUGAUAUAUAUUGGGACCUUUCAUCGGCUAAAUUUGGAUCUGGGCCUGAACCAUCAGAGGGAUUUUAUGUUGCUGUUGUUGUGGAUAGCCAAAUGGCUCUCCUUCUUGGGGAUAUGAGAAAAGAAGCUUUCAAGAAAACUGGUGCCACUCCUAUUCCUUCCAAUGCUGUUUUUGUUGCGAAAAGAGAGCAUGUUUUUGGCAAGAAAGCGUUCCGUACCAAGGCUCGGUUUUGUGACAAUGGUCAAAUUCAUGAUCUCGUGAUUGAAUGUGACACGAUUGGUGUCAGUGACCCAUGUCUUUUGCUUCGUGUGGACUGUAAGACAGUGAUGCAGGUGAAGCAACUCCGGUGGAAGUUCCGGGGGAACCAUACCAUAUUGGUUGAUGGGCUAGCAGUUGAAUUGUUUUGGGAUGUACAUAAUUGGCUCUUUGGUACAUCAGUUGGAAAUGCUGUUUUUAUGUUCAAGACUUGCUCCUCAGCUGAGAGGUUGUGGGCUAGCCAACCGCUUUCAGAUCCAAAUGUGUUGCCAUGGUCCUUCUCCCAGAGAUUUCUGGAUUCCAGAUCACAAAAUCUUGGUUUUUCAUUGAUUUUGUAUGCUUGGAAGCAUGAAUAGAGACUCAGAAAUUCUUAUUUGAGAGCUAACAAAAACAUUAGUGAGCUGUGAAUUUUAUUAAUUAUGCCGGUUACACUUAGUUUUAUUAAACGAGAUCCAUUUGUUUACUUCACCUGUUUUCUUGAAAACUUUAGCAAUUGAAUGGAUCACAUAAAAUUUUGUGUUUUCA